AUGGCGCAGAGGGCUCAACCAGUAUUGGCCACCACAGAUGUUUUUCAAAAGGGAGAUAUUCAUUGGAAGCAAUUCAAUGUUGAAACCUCCACUGCUUCCUCAUCACCUCCAAAACCAUUGCUUAUUUUUACACCAGCGGUGCCUGGCUCAUACCCUUUUUGCAAUGUGUUUGCCUGUGUUGGACCCAGUCAAAUUAAAUUUGCAGGAAAAGUUGUGGAUUGGCUAGUUGAGGGGUUUCAACCUCUACUUCUUGAGAACGUUAAAGCCAAAUUGGAGAAACUAGUUCUAUCAGGCCACGGUGGAAAAACUGCAUUUGCUGUGGCACUAGAUCAUGCCAAACAAACCUCAAAUUUUCAGCACUCAUAG